AUGCCUGAUAACUCCGCGAGUUCGAGUCACGCGCAAACCGCCACCCGCGGAUCGAAUAUCGGUACCUUGCGGCGUAGACGGGGUCACAUCCUCGGGCAGAUUUCCUCUUUGAAGACCUUCCUCGAUUAUUAUGAGGAGUCUGAUUCACGCGAUUCGUUCUUAUUGGAAACCCAUUUGAACGGCUUAAAUGAGACCUGGAAGAAAUUCGACGACCUUCAAUUUGCCCUCGAAGAGCUCGACGAAUCAGAAGAACCGCGUCGAUAUCAAAUUCAAAACGACUACUACACCGCAAUAGCCAGGGCAAAUCGUCUGUUGCAUAAUGGACAACCAACAGGUUCCACGACACGCGCCGCUAAUCCGUCCCCGGCAUCCACCGCAUCGGCACCGAUGGCCAUUAAACUACCUGAGAUGCGCCUGCCGACUUUCGACGGGACAAUAGAAGAAUGGUCAUCCUUUCAUGAUAUCUUCACUUUAAUGAUCGAUCGUAACGAAGAUUUAACACCGGUACAGAAGUUUCAGUAUUUACGUUCUACCUUAACCGGUAAGGCCGCGGCGUGCAUCAAGGCGUUAAGCACCACCGACGCGAAUUAUCACGAUGCAAUCGAACUAUUACGCGAAAAAUACGACUGUCCACGUCGCGUCAUAUUAGGCCAUUGCGACGCGCUGCGGGAUAUCCCAAAACUCAUAAGGGAUACACCGGAAGCCUUGGGCGAUUUAGUAGAUAACGUGAACCAGCAUCUACGCGCAUUGACGAGUCUGGGCGAAAAUGUAAUCUCAUGGAAUAGUCUUCUACUAUCCAUGAUCUUAUCUAAAUUAAAUUCAAACACGGUGUGGCAUUGGGAACUGGCGCUCAAGGACAAAAGGACGGUACCGGCGUACACCGAUCUUCUCGCGUUCCUCGAGAAACGGGCUAAUUGUGCGCGAACAUCAAUCACGAGGGCAGCUCCAACCGCUGAACCUCGUGGAUCGGGUCCUUCAGGAAAUCCACGGGUCAUGAAACAUCGACCAUCGAGAGGCCACGCGUUUCUGUCCACUAAGACUCGCCAACACCCGUACGAGGACCAUAGAACAAACGACAGGCAACACAUGUCAGCUCCACCUAGGCGAUGCCCGGUCUGCGACAAAAAUCACAUAAUAUGGUUUUGUGAGCGGUUCCACGGUUCGUCGGUCCGUGAUAGGAUCGCAGCUGUAAAUAGAGCUUCAUUGUGUCAUAAUUGUUUGAGGGACGGCCACAACGCGGACGCUUGCAAACACGGCACGUGUCGCAUAUGCCGCAAGAAGCACCACACGCUACUCCACCAAACAAUCACAACCGCGGAACCCACCCCGCGAAGGGCGUCAGAAUCUUCCCAGUCGACGGAGACAACGCGGCAGCCGAGAUGA